ACACGCCACAUGCCCGACACUGCAGUUUGCGCAUUGGCCGCUGGGUGGUAGCAUCGCGUCCUGGAUGACACCUGAACUCUACAGGGAAGCAGGAAACACAUGUUCAAUAUGAGUUCUACUAGAAUCAGAGGAAACUGAGCUCGAUGGGAUUAUUUUUCGUUGCUGCGUCACGUCCACGGGAGAAAAGAAAAUCCCCAUUUCACGCCGCAGUCGCGUCACACUCUGCUCCUGUCGGGGAACUGCGUUAUCGAUAAAGUUUGAAUUUGAACCGUCUCCUGCUGCAACAACAAUGGCGGCCGACAAGUGUGUUCACGGAGUUCCUCCCUCGCUGUCCGCUAAAGUGGUUGGGUCGUUUGCUUAUUUGACCAUCAGAGACCGGCUGCCCACCAUCCUGACUAAAGUUGUGGACACAAUCCAUCGCAACAAAAACAAGUUCUUUGAAGAAUAUGGAGAGGAGGGCAUCCGGGCAGAGAAGCAAACCAUAGGUAUGCUGUCCAAGCUGAGGAAUGAGCUUCAAACCGAUAAGCCAGUGUUGGCACUGACAGACAGCCUGCAGGACGCCGAGUCGUGGAACCAGUACCUGCAGAGAAACCAGAGGCCGCAGGGGGACCAGGACUCCGUCAGCUGGUUCCAGUCUCCGUGGCUUUAUGUGGAGUGCUACAUGUACCGGAGGAUACAGGAGGCCCUCUGGCUCAAUCCUCCCAUCAGUGAUUAUGACGUCUUCAAUGAGGCAAAGACUCAGAGCUAUUUUGAGUCUCAGCAGGCUGUAAUGGCCUUGUGUACAUACUUGGGGGGUGUCAACAAGAGCAAGGAAGAGCUUUCUAAGAAUCAGCUGCUUGACAAUUUCAACAAACUACUGAAGGUUUCUCUGUGGGGAAACAAGUGCGACCUGUCCAUCUCUGCAGGCCAAAAGAACUCACAGAAGGCCAGUCCAUUAGAUUCCCUCAGCAGCCUACAACCUUUCAUCUUGGUGGACGACUCCAACUUGGUAUGGUUGACUCUCAUUUCUGCCCAAAGACCAGGACUGUCAGGAAAAAUCACUGCAGGCCGAGUGGACAUUGUACUAGACAAUGCUGGCUUUGAGUUAGUCUCCGACUUGGUCUUAGCAGAUUUCCUGGUUUCCUCAGGCCUCGCACGGGAGAUCCAUUUCCACGGCAAAUGUAUCCCGUGGUUUGUCUCUGAUGUCACAGCUAACGAUUUCCAGUGGACCAUCCGGCAGACCAUGGCAGCCAAUCACAUGUGGAUGUCCAAGAGUGGUGUACAGUGGCAGAGCUACGUGAAGGAGGGUGUGUGGUCCUACCAUGACCAUCCCUUCUGGACGCAGCCCCAUGAGUUCAGCGACAUGGCGGCUGAUGCUCCUGACUUGUACGCGACGCUGCAGGGGGCAGACCUGGUGCUGUUUAAAGGUGAUCUGAACUACAGGAAGCUGACGGGGGACAGGGAAUGGGACCACACAGCGGGCUUCGACACCGCACUACGAGGUUUUACGCCAGCGCCACUCUGUAGCCUGAGGACUCUCAAAGCUAACGUCCAGGUCGGUCUGCAGCCAGGCCAAGGGGAAAAGCUCACCUCCCAAGAGCCAGACUGGAUGACCAGUGGGAAGUACGGUGUCAUUCAGUUCCACUGCCCAAAGUCAGAACAGUAAGACUGAACACUUACACUGAAGAUUUGGAUUCAUAAGGACGUUACAGAAAGCAGGAGAUACUUUGAAGCCAUAAGACCAUUAAGUUAUAAGAGGUUGUUAAAUGGUGUUUCUGUUCCUCAUCCUCACUUAGCACUUCAUCAUGUUUGAUACUGAAAUGAACAAUAAUUUAUUUUAAAUACCCAUUUGUACCAACGUAUACUUAAAAUGCAAGCACUUCUGGAUCAAAAUGUGUAUCUGUGGUAACAAAUUACUUAAAAAAAAAAAAAUGCAAAUAACUUUUGUGUUGUAUUAGCUCACAGUGCAAAUUGGUUAAAGUAGAUACUGUUACCAUUUGCUGAGUUGCGAUGGAGAAAGCACUGGGAUUUUUAAAUCCUCGUUCUAGAGCAACAGUACUUGAGUUUUGCAUGCUAAUUAAUGAGUGAUGAUAAAUGUUAAAUAUAAUUAUUUUCUCAGGUUGUUUUUCUGUUGUCCUCAUCAAAACAUGCAGACAUCUGUUUAAAUUCACCCAGAUCACAACAACAACUCGUAUGUUUUGCUCAGUUUGAAGGUUGGUAGACUGUUAUUAGGGCAGUGUAACAAUUACAGUAACGAAAUGUUCUGUUUUCUGUGUGUUUUAUUUUUAACCCAGACCUCAGUAUCUUCUCAGAUAAAAGAGCAUUUCUAUGUGCAUGCUGUUAUGUCAUUGAAAUGCUCAUUGUCAAUUUAGUAAUCUUAACUGGACUCUUCUCAGUACUGCUGGGGGGGGUCGUAUCACUUUCAUUAACUAGCUUGAUUUAAUAAAGAACUGCAAUAACUGGU